CUGGCGAGAAGACACAGACGACACUCCUCUUUACUAGCUUACCUUGACUUGCACUGGACAGACAGGUUGACAUUCAGUAUGUUGAACACGGACUUCGUGUCCCGCAGAUAUUUUCUUCGCAUCGCUGUCUCUGCUGUUUUCUGGAUUAUUCAUGGCUCAUUACAUGCAAAAUCAUCGGCACAAGAAGUCAAAAUCUCUUGUAAUGUGCCGUCCGUCCGACUACAUGAAGACACCUUCCUGACCUGCUUUCUACCUGAAGAUGUUGGUCAAACCAAGAAAGAUUUUACUGUUUACAAGUACAGCGACAGUGAGACUCCAGAUGCUGUGUUGGACUGCUGGUGGUUGUCUGGAAUCCUCGACUGCUUUGUGGCAACAGGAUACAGGUACGACAAGCAGGUAUCCAACAAACUGUCGCUGGAGAUUCCACGAGUUUCAUCAUCACAUGUUGGCACCUACGCCUGUCAGGUCGCUAGCUACCCACCUGACCUCAUUAACCUCUGUGACCUCAAUAUCUUCUCAGAAGGGAGAUCACUCUGCGAGAUUCCAUCUGUCAAAAUAAAUUCACAAACUGCGCUGACGUGUUACUUUCCUCAGGACCUCAGAAAGUCUCGAACUGACUUCUCUGUCUCUCACCACUCCACACCUGGAGAUACAGAAACAGUGUUAACAUGCCAGUGGAAAGCUGACUUUCUAAGCUGCAGCGUAUUAUCAGGCUACGUGUUCGACAACAAAGUGACCUCUCACUUGACCCUCAGCAUUCCCAAAGCACGAAAAGACCAUGAAGGGACAUACAGCUGUCAGACAGAGGGCGCUGUCUCUCUUCCUUUUAAAAACUGCUCCUUCUCUCUCAAAAAAGAGACAAUGUCUACAUGCAGUGCUGCAAGUGUCCACGAGAUGGAGUCAGCAACACUGAGAUGUGACUUUAGUGCUGACAUCAGUCUGACCCGUCAGAAUGUCCAUGUGAUCCACUUCGAUGGUCGAGAAAACAAAAGUACCAAUGUCCUGAACUGCACGUGGGAAAAGGACCAACCGUUCUGCUUGACCGCACCGGGGUUCGAGUUCAACAACACUGUCACUGAUCAUCUCGUCAUCACGAUACCCCGGGUCACACCCGAUCAUAACGGGACAUACGUCUGUGACCUGCAAGGCGUUCAGUUCGAAAACUUUGAGUUGUGUAACUUUGUUGUAAUAUCAGGUAUAAAAAUCUAUAUUUACGAUAUAGAAUGA